AUGCUUUUGUUCAAAGCUUGGACAAAAACUUCAUGGUUCCGGUUGGAGGUGCUAUCAUUGCUGGCUUUGAUGAUGAAUUCAUUAAGGAGAUCAGUAAAAUGUACCCUGGUCGCGCAUCAGCCUCCCCAUCUCUGGACGUGCUCAUCACUCUGCUCACCCUGGGGGCCAGCGGCUAUAAGAAACUCCUCUCUGAGAGAAAGGAGCUGUACACCCACCUGGCUCAGGAACUAAAGGCACUGGCUGAAAGGCAUGGAGAGAGACUGCUACAUACGCCACAUAACCCCAUAUCACUGGCUAUGUCUUUGGAUGGUCUUCAGUCAAGCUGUGAUAAAGCAGUUACCCAGCUGGGCUCCAUGCUGUUCACCAGACAGGUGUCUGGAGCCAGGGUUAUCCCUCUAGGGAUGAAGCAAACUGUGAGUGGGCACACAUUCCAUGGUUUCAUGUCACAUUCGGAUGCUUACCCAUGUCCAUACCUUAAUGCUGCUUCUGCCAUUGGCAUCACCAAAAAUGAUGUGGAGCUGUCGAUCAAAAAGCCGGACAAGUGCCACAAAGCCCUUAAGAAAGAGGGAAACAUUGAGAAAAAAGUGAGCUGGGGACACCAUCUGAAGGAUCAGAUGAACAAACGGUGCCCUGAAUCAAAUCCUAGCUUUAAAAGAUGUUCUGCGCAUUUAUCUUGGGAUCUGAGUGGAAUAAAAGACUCAGUAAACAAUUCUACUAUGAUCUGGAAUUGAGCAGUAGCUUUAGAGGGAAUGCUGAAUUUUUAGUUGAGGAUUGUUGGUCGUACUGUCAAGCCAAAGAGUGGAGUCUAGGUAGAGUAUGUGACUGAAGCUGCCUUAACUGGAAAAAAGGUUACAACUUUUUAACCUGCUUGACUUCAAAUUUUGAGUUCAUUGUACUUCAGAUAAUAAGUUG